GGAAGGCAGGGCUUCUCCACGGACUUUUAGGACGGAAACAUGAGUCGGACUUGUUUUGUAUUCACUUUCCAGUAAAUCUCGCCUCUCGUUCUUUUUCCACGGAUGUGGAAGUAAUGAGGAGGAGGAGGAGGAGGAGGACGGGUCCGAUGGCGCGCCAUGCAGCACCUUGAGCCCAUGGAGACAUGGCACAGCGGUUCCUCUCCUCCGCCUUCAUGCUGACUGUGUCCUUGUCCUGCACCUACUUGUGCUACACCAUCUUUGUCGGCCGCACCGCCGUCAUGACGGGGCGGCCACACCUGGCCGGCCGCUGCCCGCCGAGCAGGCUCGCCGGCGGGAAGAAACUUCUCGCCCAGGCGGACCACCGCCAGUGCGCCUGGCUGGAGGCAGCCCAGCCCGGCCCUCCUCCGCUCCGCCUUCCCGCCACGCGCUGGGGCGACGUCAAGGGGAAAAAUUUGAGUUCGGCGCCAAAAUUGGGGAGUAAAAAGCUGCCCGGCGCCAUGAUUGUGGGGGUGAAGAAAGGAGGGACCAGGGCGGUGCUGGAGUUCAUCAGGAUCCACCCGGACGUGCGCGCCCUCGGGACCGAGCCGCAUUUCUUCGACAGGAACUACGACAGAGGACUGGACUGGUACAGGAGCCUCAUGCCAAGAACUUUGGAUAGCCAAAUCACUCUGGAGAAGACCCCAAGCUACUUCGUCACCAGAGAAGCCCCUCGACGUAUCUCCAGCAUGUCCCACCAGACCAAGCUGAUCGUGGUGGUCCGCAACCCGGUCACCAGAGCCAUAUCGGACUACACGCAGACUCUGUCCAAGAAACCCGACCUCCCCACCUUUGAGGAGCUGGCCUUCAAGAACAGGAGCCAAGGUUUGGUGGACACUUCCUGGAAUGCUAUCCGGAUCGGAAUGUACAUCCUUCACCUGGAGAACUGGCUGCGCUACUUCCGCCUCUCCCAGAUGCACUUUGUGAGCGGCGAGCGGCUCAUCACCGACCCGGCCGGCGAAAUGGGCCGCGUCCAAGACUUUUUGGGGCUGAAGAGGAUCAUCUCGGACAAGCACUUCUACUUUAACCGGACCAAAGGCUUCCCGUGCCUGAAGAAGCCGGAGAGCAGCGGCCAGCCUCGUUGCCUGGGGAAGUCCAAGGGCAGGACUCACGUCCAGAUAGACCGGGACGUCAUCGAGCAGCUGCAGGAGUUUUAUAGACCCUUCAAUGUCAAGUUCUUUGAAACUGUCGGACAAGACUUCAAAUGGGAAUAAACGGGACGAGAAAUCGGACUUGGUCUAACGGGGACGCUUCAACUUGAGACAACUGAAAACUUUUUGGUGUUUCCAGGAACUAAAACCAAUCAAGCUUUGGAGAACUCAGCCUAUCCACGACCGAGUUUUGGUUCAGUUCGGCGCGGUAAGCAUUGAGGAAUGGUGAGAUCACUGCAGUGGUUGGGACACACCGCAGUCCACGGAUUAGCGGAUCUUUGACGUCUUUUGGCGCCUCUUACACC